AUGAGGAAUCCAAGAUGAACUUGGAGCAGGAAAGGCCGUUUGUCUGCAGCGCCCCGGGCUGCUCACAGCGCUUCCCGACCGAGGAUCAUCUGAUGAUUCAUAGACACAAGCACGAAAUGACUUUGAAGUUUCCCUCAAUAAAAACAGACAGUUUGUUAUCAGAUCAGACCCCGACACCCACCAGAUUCCUGAAGAACUGUGAGGAGGUGGGCCUCUUCAACGACAUCGACUGCUCCUUAGAGCAUGAGUUUCGGAAGGCCCAGGAAGAAGAGACCAGUAAGAGGACUAUCCCAAUGCACAAUGCAGUUGGCGGAGCGAUGGCGGGGCCUCAUCAGCUGGGCACCACUCGGAUGCCCAACCAUGACACCAGCGUUGUGAUUCAACAGGCCAUGCCCUCCCCCCAGUCCAGCUCUGUGAUCACGCAAGCACCUUCCACAAACCGACAGAUCGGGCCUGUCCCAGGCUCUCUAUCGUCACUACUGCACCUUCACAACAGACAGAGACAGCCCAUGCCAGCUUCUAUGCCCGGGACCCUGCCGAACCCUACCAUGCCUGGCUCUUCAGCAGUCCUGAUGCCGAUGGAGAGGCAGAUGUCCGUGAACUCCAACAUCAUGGGGAUGCAAGGCCCGAACCUCAAUAACCCCUGCGCAUCUCCCCAGGUCCAGCCAAUGCAUUCAGAGGCCAAGAUGAGGCUGAAGGCAGCUCUGACUCACCACCCCGCGGCCAUGUCCAAUGGAAACAUGAACAGCAUGGGCCAUAUGAUGGAAAUGAUGGGCUCUCGCCAGGACCAGACUCCGCACCAUCAUUUGCACUCUCACCCGCAUCAGCACCAGACGCUGCCGCCCCAUCACCCAUACCCACACCAGCACCAGCACCCCGCCCACCACCCUCAUCCACAAGCCCAUCACCAGCAGAACCACCCUCAUCACCACACCCAUUCCCACCUCCACGCACACCCGGCACACCACCAGACCUCAUCACACCCUCCCCUGCACGCCGGCGGCCAAGCACAGGUUUCACCAGCGACACAGCAGAUGCAACCCACCCAGACGAUACAGCCGCCCCAGCCUACCGGGGGGCGUCGGCGAAGGGUGGUGGACGAGGACCCAGACGAGAGGCGGAGGAAGUUUCUGGAAAGGAACCGAGCAGCUGCCACCCGCUGUAGACAGAAGAGGAAGGUCUGGGUGAUGUCAUUGGAAAAAAAAGCGGAAGAACUCACCCAGACAAACAUGCAGCUUCAGAAUGAAGUUUCCAUGUUGAAAAAUGAGGUAGCCCAGCUGAAACAGCUGCUGUUAACACAUAAAGACUGCCCAAUAACCGCCAUGCAGAAAGAGUCACAAGGUUAUCUAAGUCCGGAGAGCAGCCCUCCAGCCAGCCCUGUCCCGGCUUGCUCCCAGCAGCCGGUCAUUCAACACAAUACCAUCACUACUUCCUCAUCGGUCAGCGAGGUCGUCGGAAGCUCCACUCUCAGCCAGCUCGCCUCUCACAGAACAGACCUGAACCCCAUCCUUUAAGACUUCUGGCUUCCCCGUUGCUCCAGAGACAAGCAGUGUCAGCCUCUUCACGAGCGUCCUUUUUUCCGCUAAGGGCAUUUUUAGAAUUAACUCAAACCUGGAAAACUCCUCAAGCCCUUCCAAGACUGGCUUUCAUUCAUUUUUAUAGUUAUUAUUGAAGUGUCUUUUAUACUUAGUUAUACAAAAAGGGAGUUAUGCAAUUAAUGUGCUAUCUGCUUGGGAAACACUUGGUUGUUUUCUUCGACUUUCUGGUACCAGUUAUUCAUUGAUAAACUGACCCCUUUCUGUACAUAGCCCUGGCUUUUUUUCUUCUCAGUCUAACCCCAAGCCUCAGAUCAAGAAAGCAGGUCAACUCCAACAAUGGGCCCAAUGGAAUAUUUCACUGAAACUCCUACUGAGGUAACUGGGGGUGGGGUACAUCUGGGGGAAAGCAUCGUAGCCAACAUGGAAGAGUUGGGCUUGUGACACCCCCAGAUUCCAAAGGUAUACUUAGAGCCUUUUCACAGUUGCCGUUGGUUUUUUUUCCUUUUUCCUUUAAAGAAAAUUAUAUAAUACAUGGAUGUCUGAACAAAGUGAAUAAAAGAAAACUGACCCCCCAAAAAUCUCUUUAACAUAUUACCCCUCUUCUCUUUUCAUUCCCUUGGCUUGAACUUUCUCAUUUUUCUCCCUAGCAGAUUUACCCUUUGUCAUUCCCUGUCUCUCCAGUGACAUUUCUUCUUUCCUUUACAUCCCCUUUUGACUCAUUUCCACCUCCUUCUCCUCCCCACCCCCAGCCUUUCCUCCCCACUAUGAGCAAAAAAAGAAAAAAAGAGUUGUUUUUAAAACAACGCACUUCUCAGAAUGAUUGGCCUAACCCUGGCUUUCAAUAGCCCUUCACCCACAGCUGGGGUUCAUUUAAGCUCUCGGUUUUUACAAAAUAGAAACCAGGAGAUGUUUCGUGUGCCUGAUUUAAUGUUUUUAAUAAACAGAGCAAGUUAGAGGCAGCCUCACCACAGGUGAAAUGCUAUUGACAGCCAGCUGUGGGGACACUAGGAAAGGGAGCUUUGUUCAAGCCUGUAUUGUGAGUCAGUGCCCGAUACGGGUAAUAACAUCACACCCUUGAAUUACAACGGGUUUUAUAUGGCCUGUCUGUACCAUUGAAAAUCCAUGUACUAUAUAAUAAUUCAGAGGGGCUCUAUUCACUGCACACGUUACGUCGUUCCAUCAUCGACUGCUAAUAGCCUGAGAUUUAUUUUUCGUUUUAAGCCUGGGAAACCGACUUCACCAUCCUGAUGGGCAAGGGAAGAGUAACUGGAAGUCCUGGACAAAAAACUGUUUCCACAGGUGCUUUUCCUACUCUCCCAUCCCAUGGAAACUAGCCUUCGGCUGCAAGGCAAUUAUUCCAGGAGAAUAGCAAAGAAGGUUCUCAGCUGAAUUCAGAAUGAUUUCUCGUCUUCAUAACUUGUGUGAAAUUGUACAUUUCAAUGCUGCCCGAUGAAUCAAGGCUGGUCUCUUUGAAAUAAGCUAGUCACUGGUGCUAACUGGCUAAGAGACUUUUUUUGGACAGGUGUUGCGCUUCAUCUCCAUUUUUUUUUUGUCUGUGGGUUUUUUAGCUUCUAACAAUCAGCACUAUAGUUUUGCUCAAAAGUUCCCCAAGUGAUGAAUGUGUUUUCUUUUUCUUUUUCUUUCUUUCUCUCUCUCAGAGUGAAUAGAGCCUCUUUGGAAGAAAAAAAAAGAAAAGUAUGAGGGUCACAAGUCAUGAUUUUAAAGACAGCUUAUGUACUACAGUUAAUUCUUUGUUGAUAUUUUUUCCGACAACUCUUGCCAUGUAUGCGACUGCUUCCAGAAGGUUUUGAGUGUACCAUGUAACUCAUGACUUGAUUAUAUAGUCUAAGAACCAAAAAAAAUUAAGAAAAAUAAAUGUAAAGGAUUUUUAUUAUAUUUUAGACAAACAUAUAAUUUUAAAGUAUUUUAAAUACUGAAUCUAUAGUUUGUUUUUUUUUUUAAAUGCUCCAGAGGUAACAACUGGAUGGGUUUGCUUGAUUUUUGACUCCCAAGGAAGUGUUCAAAGCACUAGUUUUGAAAGAAACAUGUCAUUUGUAUCUCAGCUUUGAAAAGAGGAGGUAUUUUUCAUCAAAAAUUCCUUCCUAGGACUUCACCCUCUCUCCUAAAAGUAGGGAGGGCGGGUCGGAGGGGGAGAUGGGCUGCUGCAGUGUUCAUUUUAUGAUUUUUUUUCAAAGGGGGAGAGUAAAACAAAACUUUUCUCAUUUUCCUAUCUAUGUAGUUCUUAAUGAAACAGACUUCUAAAACUGUACUGCUAAUGUCAGAAAGCCCAGAGACUGACAUGUCACUAAAUCAAGGUUGGGUUUUUCUUUUUGUUCAGCCUCUUAAUUGAUAUAUUUCGCCGUUAAGCUGAAAGCCUCUGACAGUUAAGAACUUGCCUGAGUUUUUCUUAAUUCAGUGAAGUGACAGCCUGAGUGAUGGGCAUUCUAUAUAGCUCAAUUACGUCUGUUUUUUAUGCUAAGCAGGGCAAGCCAACCACACGGUAGCAAAGCGGUCUAAACGUAUAAUUAGAAUAAACUGUCUUCUUUCCAGACCAAGGGCCUUUAGGUGUAUUCAUUAGCAAUGGGGAAAUACAGGCAAUAAAAGAUGUCAGGGGACCUGUCAGGACUUCUGAAGAUGCUGAACAGAAUGGAUGGCUCCUUGACAAAACCCAAUGCUGGGCAAAGCGAUGUGGGGUAUUUCACUGACUGGACCAACUUGGCUACCAAACACCUUAAGUAAAACAUCAUGGAAUCCUCUUCCCUGCCUAAAACAGUUAGUGUGUCUCAACAUGUAAGAUGAUGACGUUCUCCUUUCUUUGUGCUGUCUCUAGCCCCCCUCACUCCUUUUUGAAAGCCAUCUCAUCCAUGAACCAGAUCUCAUUUUCCCAAGAGCACCUCCUGACCGGAGGCUAAGAGAAAGAGUUUACAAAACUGCCUUUCUUCAUCCAAAUGUAGUUUAUUCAUUAUCAACAGCAUCUCUGCUGAAGAUCACUGCCAGGCUACCUGGGAACUUUGACAGGGCCUCCCAUGCCUUAUUUGAUGGGUGCUAACAGCAACACAGAUAGGCAUACCUGAUAGCGUGUCUACCAGGGGGAGCCUCAUGCCAAUUGAGGCAUCCACAACUUAAUUGCUUCAUGAAACUUUUCUCAACAUCCAAGGCCCGAACAGGUAGGGCAAAAAUCCCAGCCCCGGUUGAUUGCAAUAAUUGUCAAGCUUUGUGUCGUAAGCUCCAUGUUUUCUCCUGGUCCUCCCACUUAACAUUCCCCCACUCCCCAAGCCAAUUUAUGCAAGCCACAGUCAUAACACUGCCAGUGGGAGACAAGUGCUUGGGGUGCUUUCCUGCAUGUUUUAUAAGGAUGAGGAUGAUUGAAAGAGAAGUGGACAAUCUGGGAGUCUCUCCAUGCAAUCCAAAUACAGCCUAUAUUGGCGGCAAGUCAAUGGGAGAUGGCCAGGGAUUGAUCAGCCCAUUAGUUACAUGAAUUUUAGUAAAGUAGCAGAGCUUGUCAUUAAUAUCAUCAACCAGCUUUUUUUGAGGGAGGCAGGAAAUUCAUGUUUUUAAGCAACUAUAACCCCAUUAAAAUAGCCUUUAAGCUAGGAUAGAAUGUGCUUCUUUGUGGUUUCAUGUCAAACUUUCUCCUCUAUAUCCAUUGAAUUAUCCAGUCAAGUUUGAGGACCAAAGCAACAUUUUAACGGGAAAUUUUUUCAUUUAGAAUUUUAUGACAUAUUUAUUAAUAAAUGUUAUUUUUAAAGCAUUCCAUCUGAGCAGUAUUUUUGUGGAGGCUGUAUUUGUUUUUGGAAAUCAAAGUGUUAGUUUGUAGUAAGCCCAGCUGUGCAGUAUCCCCAUUUUUUCCAGGGUCUCAUAAGGCCAUUCUCCAUCCCUAGAUGGAAAAGUUUGUUUAGGUGGAUGCUUUAAGUUUUCCGGGACUUCAUUGUUCUGAGAGCUUUCUGUAAUCUGCUUCUGAGCACUGAGAAACAAUGAUGGAAAUUAUUUCCUUUUUUAUUUUCAAAGGAGCCCUUUUAUUUUAGGCAACCAAGGUCAGCUAAAGGGGAAUCCUUAUUAUAACUGGAAAUGCUUUCUUUAGCCAUCCAACAUGUCUCACAAAAGUCCAAACGACCACGUCGUGGCUUUCUUCUGUCGAUUUUCUCUAGUGAUUGCCAUUCCCCUCGCCUACCCAAUGCUGUAGACCUCUGAAGCCCCAUUGGGGCCCACAUGAGAGAAGGGGAAGGAAAUGGCAAGUGAAGAUUUGAGUAAGAAGCCUGCCUAUCAGGACAGUUGGGACUUGGAGUCUCUUUUCUACUUUUCGCCUUAUUUAUAUUUUUAAAUUGCACUUUAGCAUCUUUGUUCCUUUUCUGCUCCUCUUCUUGCCCCCACUUCUUCCCCAGCUUCUCUGUCCCUGUCCCUUCUUCUCUCCUUUAUCUGUCUGUCUCUGGCCUCACCUUCUCUUUUCCCUCCUCUGUUCCUUUUCCAUGACUCCAUGCAAACCCACUUAUCCCACUGGCUCAAACAUUGGCACUGGUGAUUCUGACAUGCUAGCAUCUCCUGGUGGUUUAUUAAGCCUUGUUCAGUCUCCCAGCAUCCCAAGAUGAGGACCUUGAAGAGAAGAGAAUGCCAAGGAGAAGAACCAGUCAGUGUCCAAAAAGAUUCAGUCUCUUCGCCAUCCAGUGAUGGAGUACAAAUGUGCUAAUAUGCAAAAUGUUGGCAGAAGAGCCUCAGCUAGACUUUCAAAAUCCCCUUGUUCCUCCUGAGAACCAAAGUGUCCUGAAUGGGGAAGGGGCUGGACUGUUUGAGGUCAGUAUGGUGGAUGCACUUUAGCUAGUUCCUGACCUAAUGUAGCAAUGAGGCCACUGAGAUGCCAGUGGCUGGAGUCCCUAGAAUGCUCUGCUGCCUUCUUACCUCCUCUGAGGCAGUGCCCCCCCCUUUAAGGCUCUGCCCUAAGGACAAGUAAACGCAAAAGCAAUAAUAUUUCUAGUGAAGUCAAAUACCAAAAACAAAGCCCCCUAAUCCCCAAAUUAAAACUCCCCAAUUUUAUCAGUGCAUAGAGUCACUGCAAAGCUGGGAAUGGGUCUCUUUCUAAAAUCUCUUUUUAUUUUUUUGUGUUGGGGCAGGGGGGUGGGAAGAAGGGAGGGAAUGGUUUCCAGUGGCCAUUGCUAAAAUUGUUUCAAAAGUGUUUCUAUUUUUAAAAAAUUUUUCAUGAAUUUUCUUUGGGAAACUUGUUUUCCCACCAGGUCGGAAGAAGAGAGACCCAACCCCCAAAGCUGAGUUCAAAGAUGACCUCAAUGAGGGGUCAUGGGUUACCUUGUCAGACUUGUGCCUUCAUGGGACAGGUUUCCAGAACUACAAUUAGACCCAGUUCUGAUAUCCGGCAUGUUAGAAAUCAAUAUCUUGAUGUCUUUUCCCACUCUGUGCUCACUUUUCCUGGAUUAAGCUCUAUAUUACAAGCUUCCUUUUCUUUUGUAAAAGAGUUUUAGACUCAGGGUGCUUACUGAGAAGGGGGAGUCCAGAAGACAAUGUAAAUAUCCCUUGGAAAUGGCCUUGGGCUCCAUGCACCUCUCACAUUCUGGCUUCCCCACUGAGAAUCUCGACCCUACACAAGCGACUAGAGAUGGUCAAAGGAAGGGGAGCAUUGAGAGAAGUGGGGUUUCUCCUUGUAUCCCUGUACAGUGCCUUGCACAUAGCAUGAAUUGAAUUAAAGUGGAAGUGAUUACAGCAAAGGAAAUGCACCAGCCCAUUGGAAUAUUUCAAUCAGCUUAGUCUCUUCUCUCCUGUCUGGGUACCACCAAAACCAUCCCUGCCUCAUGAAGAUGCUUCUCAAGAGUGGAUGUGAUACCUUUGGGAAGCGUCUUAAAGGACAGAGAGCCUUUGUAGAGAGGUUAGAGUUUAGAGGCUGAAACUUCAAAGGUCUGGAGGUCCCCACCCCAGCCCCAUGAAAAUGACUGUUAUGGGGAAGAGCAGGAUGGCUCACACAGAGACUUUGGUUGGUUGUUUGUGUGUUUGUUUGUUUGUUUGUUUUUUAACUGGGUAAAGUGAGCAUUCAGAGGUCCCUCCAAAAGGUGCUGUCACUCUGAGUUAUGGGUUUGGGGCUGUUUGUCAUUGUCAACAGCAAAAGUUUCCAUGUUUGUUUGUUUCUUUGUUUAAUUAUGUAAAGCAACCACCUUCCUUCCUGGGAGGAGAGAACAUUUUGGUACAUUCAUGUAAAUACUCGCUGCCGCUUUUGAUAUGUUUAAUUUUAUGUUAAGCUUUUUUGUUGUUUUUGUUGUUGUUCUUGCAUCGUGAACACAUGUAUUGUUACAAAUGGACAAUGGGUUCAUUGAGACUGUUCGACUCGGUCAGAUUUUUACAUCUCUUUCUAUCAAGAAGAGACGAGAUUUUGUGCAUUUGUACAAAUGUUAAUAAUAUCACUGCAAU